UCCGGGAGAUGGUCAUUCCCUCUCCAUGUGAAUAGGAGGAGCCUUUAGUUUUAGAGGACACGACUUCAAGUCCAGGUGCUGAGGAGAGGGAAAGAGCGAGAGGGGUGGUGUGGUUUAUGCAGGUAAACACUAGUAAUCUCGACCACAGAGAGGCAAGUGCGAAGUUUAGCCCACACCCAGCACGCUUGCGGACACCGUACCGAUCCACAUGUGUUGAUGUAUCUUCCGUUUCAGCAACCCGCGAGUGGGAAGCAGCCAAUGCCAAUGCGCUCUCGACUGUGGACCGUGCUCGCAGGUCAGAGGAUGCGUAAAAAUGCUUUGUAACUGGAAUAGCAGGUGCUGGAAGAAGGGCGUCCGACUGUCAACACGUCUAAACUGUGCGCAUAGCGCCGAGCGCUGAUGUUCAAACCAUGGAGAAACAAGCUCUUGCAACGGCUCUGAGCUUGUCCAUGAGCGUUGUCUCUUUACUCUUGCUGGUCACCGCUAUCUUCACCGACCAUUGGUACGAGACAGACACCAGAAGGCAUAAGGAGAACUGCGACGAGUAUGGGUCGGAUUCUAACGACCAGAAAAACAGGGAGAUGCCAAUAUACCACUUGCCUCUUGUGGACAGCGGUAACUCCAAACGGAACGUGGCGCUUAUGAAGCCGAUUCACGUCGGGAGUAGAGAGGAGGAAUUGCUUGAGAACUGGAGGGCGAUACUGGGGAUGGGGAUUCUUGAGACGGAAUGUGGGCGUCCGUUGUUCUCCACAUAUUCUGGACUGUGGAGAAAAUGCUACUUUCAAGGCAUGGACCGAGAUAUCGAUAAACUCAUAUCAAAGGGUAUUGCGGACCGAUGCACAACUGUCAAGUACCAUUUCUCUCAGCCCAUUCGGCUUCGAAACAUCCCGCUCAACCUGACGAGAACCAUUCAGCAAGAUGAAUGGCAUCUCUUACAUCUGCGGCGAAUCACGGCAGGGUUCUUGGGGAUGGCGGCUGCCGUUUUGCUGUGUGGCAGCAUUGUGGCCACAGUAGGCUUCUUUUGGGAGGAGAGCCUCACCCAGCACAUCUCCGGCCUGCUCUUCCUCAUGGCAGGGAUCUUCUGCACCAUCUCCUUGUGCACCUACGCCGCCAGCGUCUCCUAUGACCUCUCCCGGAACCCACCCUUCAUCUACGGACUGCCCGGCGACGUGGACCAUGGCUACGGCUGGUCCAUCUUCUGCGCCUGGGUCAGCCUGGGACUGACCGUGGCAUCAGGCUGCCUCAGCACCACCUACCCCUUCCUCAGCCAAACCAAGGCCCUGCACUCCAAAACCGCACGGGAGUCCUCAGUAUGAGCAGUGUGAGAGAAUUGAGUGCCCCCUGUAGAAUCGGGUGGGGGGGGGGGGGAAUUGUUGGUGUGGACAUUUUGUUGCUGACUGAAAACCAAUAUAAGAGGAGAUGCUUUAUUUUUAUGAAACCAGAGAUGACAACAUAGUGUUUCAGUGAGAUGUGGGAAUCUUGUUGCUCUUUUGUGGACUCUCAUCAUCCUUUAUCGAGGUGUUAUGCAAGGUGCAGGUGUUAUGAUGUGUUAUUUAUGUGUGUUUGUAUGUGCACACAGGCAAACCCACACAUACAUAUGGACCUACACACCCGUACACAAGUACACACACAAAUUUCUCUCUCAACCAAAGUUCUCUCUCUCUCGCUGUCUCUCUCUCUCUCUCUCUCUCUCUCUCUCUCUCUCUCUCUCUCUCUCUCUCUCUCUCUCCAAGACAUGGAGAACAACAUGAGAGUGAAUAACAUGAAACAACUUAAAUACCCACAUAGGCAUACCACACACACAUAAAACAUGUGUGUAUAUAUUACCAUAUAUAUGAAAAAGGCAUACUUGGUUUUGGUGGUUUGGUAAGAUUGAAUCAAAUGGACAUUGCAUAAAAAUACUAGUAUCACUUUGAAAGCAAGAACCCUUUUUUUCAGAUGUAAAUGGUAUAUUUUCAAAACUCUUAAGUACAAAACUCUAAACUGAUAACAUGUGUAAUGCCCCCUAUCUUAUGUUCAGAACUUUUGACUGUGCAUUCAUCGGGGUUUCACACAUCUUUCACCCCUGAGUCAUUAAUGCAAAAUCAGUUUUCCUCAAAUACCACAAGCACAUUUUUUUUGUCACCAAUACAUAAUGAUAGGCUCACCAUAUAGUCAUUUGAACUACCACUUUCAAUUGUUGUUUUUUUCAAUCACUUUGGCGCAAUUUUCAUUACUAUGUGGUAAAUGUUCGCAACAAGCACAAAAAUCAAAACAGAUCAUCACAAUCGCUCAUGUUUCAAAACUUUAAGCACAUUUUUAAUUGACUGAGUACAACAAACAAAUUCACAAAGUCACUUGUUCACUGCACCAAAUCACCUUUUCAAUUUAGAUAAAUAUUCAAUAUAUAUAUCUGCUUUUCAAAAUUCACUUUACUUUUGAUAUUAGUUUCUUGUUAUUUGUUAACAAUACUGUAAACUAUCACUUAAUCAAACUGCUCAAAAUGACUGAACCACAAUUAUGUACUGCCUAGUUAACAUUUAUAGUUUGAUAACUGUUGAACACUGUAAAUGUCUACAUUUUUACCUAAAUGUAUCAAUUUGACAUCAAUUUAUGCUGGAAGUUUUGAAACAUGAGCCAUUUUCAUUAUCUGUUUAGAUUUUUGUGUUUGGAGUUGUGUAACACAGCCUAUGAGAUCCGAUGGAUUCGAUUGGUAAUUUCAGUUGUGGCAAUCAAAUUGUACAAAGUUUUUAGCAAACCCAUUAACCAGUCCCUUCCCAAACAGAUGAGGCAUAAUCACAAAAAAUGUGCUAGACUGUGAGAAGAAUGCUGACAAUGAUAGACAAAGGACUACAGCGUUUGUUGUUUACAUAGUUGAGGAAAGUCAUUUUUCUCGCUCAACACAAAUGGUGCACAAUUCUACAUUGAAAUGUGAAAACAAUGGAAACUGGAUGAGAUAAUGUUGACACCGCUUGAAUGGAUGUAAGACUUUUGUGUUGAACCAUUAUCACAGAUAUUCUGAGCAGCCAACAGUGAGCGGUGGGCUCUGAAAAUUAGUUGCUGCCCCAUGGAAUGGCCAGCUUUCGCAACAACUCUAUCUGACCUGGAAGACUUGUAGGGACCUUGAAUGGCUUGUGGGGACAUUAAAUGACAUCUGUGGACCUUGCAGGUUAUGUAUGUUCAACUCAGCGUGCUGUUUCAGAAGCAGAGCAGCAUUUCUGAAACAGUACAAUGAGCUUCAAGUCUUCUCUAUGAAUUGUAAAUAAAAGAUUAUCAACAAG